GGAGCGGUGCUCGCCGACGCUGCCGGCAGCUGUCGCCGCCCUACGGAAUGCCGCCGACGCCAACGCCGCCGCCGAGGUGGCCGCCCGCCGACGGCGCUGCUGCUGCUGCUGCUGCUGCGGCGGCGGCGGCGUUGACGAACACGCCCCGCCGCUGCCGCUGGCGACGCGGUCCUGCCUUGCGGCCCGGGCGACCCCGAGGGACCGGCCGAAAUGGUGUGGGCCCCGCAUUCGGCACCAUCAGCACCGUGGCGUCGAAGCGCGGAGACUCCACCCCCGCAUCGUCCUCGGUCGAUCGCCGGCGGCCGCCCCGGAUCGAGGCAUCAACCCCCCCAUCUGCGGAUGCAGUCUCCAUGGCGACGGCCAAUGGGAGCCCGCGGGAGCCCGGUGGGCGUGUCCCCCUGUCGCCGGGCCCGUCGUGCUGUGGAGCGCGCUUUUAUAAGACUCGCGCGGGCGCAUUGGGCGCGAUAACUUCGUUAGUCAUUGCUCGUUAGUCAGGGCCUCAAGGCUGGCCGCAGCGCUGGACGGCCGGUUCCAGCUGUGGAGCAGCGCCAUGGCGGCCGCCGCCGCCGCCGUGGCCGCUGAAGACCCCCGGCUCCAGCCGUCGGUCGGCGAUGAGCGGCUCGGCGCCGGAGUCGUGUCCGCGGCGCACGUCACGGCCGCCGGCGGCCAGCAGGAUUGCGGCGGCGGCGGCGGCGGCGACAAGCGAAAGGUCGAGCUGGCGUCGCCGUUGUACGCGCUGCAGGAGCCCAGGCACCGCGACGGACAGCUCCAAGGACAGGGAGAUGGCGGAGCGUUCAAGAAGCUCAAGCUGGAGCCCGGCGUGUCCGAUCUGGGCCUGUCGUCGUGCGGCGGCGGCGGUGGCGUGCUGGCCACCGCGUGCAGUCCCACGACGCCCGCGAGGCGGCGCCACCGGACCACCUUCACCCAGGAGCAGCUGCAGGAGCUCGAGGCGGCAUUUGCCAAGAGCCACUACCCGGACAUCUACUGCCGCGAGGAGCUGGCACGCAUCACCAAGCUCAACGAAGCGCGCAUUCAGGUGUGGUUCCAGAACCGGCGCGCCAAGUACCGCAAGCAGGAGAAGCAGCUGCAGAAGGCCCUGGCCGCGCCGGCGGCGCUGCCGCCCGCGGCCUGCAACGGCAUGAUGCGCGGCGUGUACGGCCCACCGCGCACGAGCUCGUACGCGGCCUACGCCGCCGCGGCAGCGCACCCGCACCCGGCGGCACGGUACCCGGCGUACGGCGCCGCAGCACAGUCCUUCGGACACCAGCCCGGGGCGGCGGCGGCGGCCGCCACGUCACCCGAGGAGGACUGGUACCAGCGCGGCUUCUCGGCCCUCAGGGCGCCGCCCUCCACCGUGUCCCAGCAUCCGGUCUACCACAGCUAGGCACCGCCGGCGCUGCCCUGCGCUCGCGCUGACUACGACGCCGCGUGCCGGUCGCCGCCGCGCGCCCACUGACUCGACCCAGGGACGUAGGCGUCGAGGGGGCCCGAUGCGUGCUGCUGUUGUAUAUCUUCGACGUUGGUGGUGCCCGGGUGUUUGCACCACUGAGCUUGGUUUUCUGUCAACUGCGAUUCUCCCUAACUGAAAAUCGAGGUUCCUUUUUUUCUUUAUCGCGUAUUCUUCGACGGGUGCAAUGACUUACGAGGUCGCCAUAUCGCGUCCAUUUCGGCGUGCAUUUUUCUAACGUUUCUUCACUUUCGGCGACUAUUUCGCUUUUCUCGUUUCACUUGUCACGUUCCUCUUCCGCUGGUUUAGCCAGUCGGCGCCCUCUGGAACCGAUAGCGUCGAGACUUGAUCGAUCGACGAUACGUUCCCACGUCCACUCGUAAAGCAGGAACACGUCUCAGUGGCACGCAGAACCCGACGAGGGCCCCCUCUCCUGGGUCGAGCAACGGCGACCAGCACACCGAGUCGCAGCGCAAGCGCAGAGCCGCCGCCGUUCUCUGGUGGACGACGUCACAAUCUCUCACGCACACACGUACCGAGCGCCACCGUCCGAGGGGACGACGCAAAGCGGGCGACGCCCCGCACCGCCGAGGAGACCACGUGGGAUCGCCGAUGCACGGUCCACCGCCGUCUCCGCCGCCUGAGCUGCGCAAGAAUGAACGACACACACACGCCUGCCGGUCACCUGCAGCUGCCGUCACCGCUCGCCAACCGCACACUCGCGCGCAGCCUGAGGCGGUUCGGAGGGCACGCGGUCGGGCUAUACUUCUGAGGGACCAGAACACACGGCGAAGGCAGAAGCGCGCGGAUAUCUGCUGUACUUCGAAGCACAGAUAUGAGACGGGCGAGCGCUGCAGCGUUAAAACACAGCUUCAAAUUGAUCGCGGGAAAGAGAAAUUGGUUAUCCGAUGGCUGAAAACGCUCCCCCGCGAAACUAUCCGAAAUCAAGAAAGAUUGCGAUGCCAUAAAACGUUUCUCAUGCUUAUGUACUUUCUUCCAAUCAAUGAUCGCAUAUGUUACUAAACUCGCAGCGCUAUAGCAAGCGGUACUCAAAACAGGGUAGAAAUCCAAUCACAGUGCGUAACUGCGCUUCUCUUAUGACGCAAAACAUUCUUCGCCAAUUCUAUAGUUUCGUAUUUGCGGCUGGACGCAACUUCGCCGGUUCUAUAUAUGCGCCGGUGUCGCGAUGACGCCGGAGCGGUCUUCGGGUGAUGCAACAUUGAUCGGGACUGCACGUAUUCGUGCACCCUGCGCCGUAAUAUAAUGUGGCCUCCGGUUGAAGUGGAGUCAGAAGGCCAAGUAUAAGCGCAUAGCGCGCGCGUAUUACGCGAUCCCGCGAACAGCGCGGCGAGAACCCGCUGAUCGACUCCGUGGUCCGAUUACAGUCAACGCGAAAGUGACGGCUGUGGCAUCGGACCGGCCAGAUGCCAAGAGCGCGUGCGCUUCCCGCAAUAGGUCGUCACAACGCGAAACCGCUCUCCGGACCGCUUCAGGCUGCACCUCUUAUAUAUAUGUAUACACGCGCCUGCGUUGCGCUUUCGAAGCUCCAAGCGCGCGAUCGUCAGCGACGCGUACUCUGAAGCGGCAACCACAUGGGACGUAUUCACGGCGUACAAGAGGGGACCAAUACGAAGGCAAACGCCGCGCCUUCGCUACGUCAGUUGUCGGCUCCUUUUCGUGUUCAAAUGAAAAAAAAAUAAUAAAACAAGAGAAAUACUCCGCAACAGCGGAACAGCUUAUGUAUAGGUGCCGGAAAGUGAGGUUGUACAUAUCAGGAUUCCGCUGUGAUUGAAGCAAGUUAGUGGUUCACAAGAAAAACGAAGACCUCAUGAAAUCAUCGCACAAAGCCAUAGCUGCCCUUGACUAAGACAAGUCCUCUAGUCGAAAUGUUGGUUGGCUACAUGGGGCAUCUCUUGCUUCGACCACUGUUUGGUCGUUCCACAAUUAUUGACGCGUACGUGCCGAUUAUAUCCGUUACCCUUUCAUAGUAAACCACUCUCCACUUUCGGCCUGGUGUCAGCGCCUCUGUUACACUCCAUGCGAUGCCGACAGUGUAAACAAGGUUGAAGUCAUUUCUAUAAGUGGCCGCAACAUCAGGAUAAAUCCGCGUGAAACUCAUCUCCAGCAUGAUUAAGGCGCGAACAACAUACGGCACUGCGUUAAUUCGCCAACGCCGCCCCGAAAAUGCGCGGGAAGUACGUUCUAUGUGGGUGCCGCUUAAUACGAAAGCGCUUUUACUCGCCUAGCGUUGCUCUAGGCAUUGGAAAAGAAACCAAGACAGGAGCAUUACACCUGACACGUCUCACGGACUCCUUUCUUCUUUUGCUACCGCCAACGAGUGUCCGUUCUUGAAUGUCCAGGAGAUGCUUGCAGAUGGAUAUUAAAUAUCGCUACGGAAAACGUCUCGUAAGAAAAAAAUCAAAAUGAAAAUCAAGGCUUUGGUUGUUCUUGAGGACGCCCUCUUAUCUUUCAUGAUUUCCAUUUCCUCAACUGUAUGUUCUACACACUUCACGUUGGUUCGAUGCCUUCUUUAUGUAAGAGCCGUGCUCUGGUCGUUGACCCUGCUUUGUUUUCAAGGCACUGUGCGAGUGCAAUAUGAAACGAUGUACUUUAUUUUCGCUGGUGUGCAAUUCCCUGAGGUACGAGAGCUCAGUCUACAACACUAUCGUAGCUGCUGCACUCGAGUGACCAGGUUGCUCCAGCGUCAGACCACCGUUCGGGUUGGCAAAAAGCUAUGUGUUUAGUGCUGAAUGUGCCACUUUCUCGUUUCCUUCAUUAUCGGCCGGCGCUGUUGUAUUAAUUAGCCGGUUGUGAAAAAUGAUCUAGUCGCUCCAUAGUUUCGAAAUCAGCGUUGCCAUUUCGAAGCACAUCACAGUACCGGCACACUUAAGGGGACACGAAAGAGAAGCACUCAAUCCAUUUAGACUGAUAAAUUAUUCUUUCAAAACGCUUUAUUUUCGUUGAUUUCGUGUUUAUACGUUCACUACUGGAAGAUUAUGUUAAAAUCAAAAGUUACGUGUCUUUUUUAAUUUCGCGCCGGAACCCCAGCGACGGCACUUCAGUGUGACGUCACAGAUUUCAAAAUGUUUGCUCGCAUGUCGGCCGUUGUGACGCAGUACAAAGGUCUGGAAACUUGCCCCGUUCGCUCUUUGGCUCCUCUAAAAUACAAUGUAGUCCAUCUUUACCGAUAAACUGAUAACUAUAGGCCAGAGCAAACGCUGCAAUAAUCCGUGACGUCAAGGCGCCAUAGUGCGGGAAAUUCAAAGCGGCGUCGCCACUACUCUUAAACUUUUGAAUUUUUCCUAAGUUAGCAUGUUUCCUGACACCGCAAGAUUGACUUUUUCUUUUGAUAGGAAGGUAAUGCGCUAAUAUACAUAUACAAGCAUUUUCUUUUGUUCAAUGCCCCUUUAAGAGAUGAAAACUUGUACAAAGCGUAAUUUUUGACAUUGUCUUUCUCUAUCUUUGUCUAUUUCUUAUUGCACAACCGGUGCUGACACUGAUUUUUGCACGCUUAAACCUCACAGAACAUUGCGGCUAGGUCCGUAAUGGAAAGCGAGACAUACAAGGUAUCAGAGCGCCACACUCAAGUGAAACCGUGGUUUUCCCGGUCAUGUACAUAUUGUAUUACCUCUAAAAGUGUGUCGCGAUAUUAUCAAGCCCGAAAAAUGACUCAUCCAGCGAUACAUCGCCACUUCGGCUCGGCCACACAGCGCAUCAAAUACCCAAGACAGCGAGAGAAAACGACGCUUCCUGUGGUGUCCGACGAUUCUCAUGUACAAACGCCAAAAGCGAAGGUGAAAUUAAAUAGAGUGAAUGACAACU